AUGAAGACCUUGAAAGCGUCUCUGGCCGGAGCUCCGAUCCACUGGACUCACCCGAUCACUCCGUCCCAAGUGCGCACACUCAUCCGCGCGGAGCCGGACAUCCACAAAGCCAUCCUCAUCUUCGACUCGGCCACCGCCGAGUACCCUUCCGGCUAUCGCCAUGACCUCCCCACCUUCACCCUCCUCUCCUCCCGCCUCGCCCUUUCCUCUCACCCCCGCCGCGCCGAAGAGCUUCUCCUCCGCGCCGUCCGCGAGCUUUCCCUUCCCAUCCCCGAGCCUGCUCUCCUCCCUCUCCUCCGCUCUCACGCCCGCGCCGGCCGGCCCCUCGAAUCUCUCCGCCUCCUCCUCCAUUCCUCCUCCCUCUUCUCCCUUCAACCCUCCCACCGCUCCUACACUCUCGUCCUCUCCUCCCUUGUAGCUGGUAACCAUCUCAGUCAAGCUCGGCAUUUGUACAAACACAUGAAGGACAUCAAAAUUCCACCUUCUGUCGCCACCUUCAACGCCCUCCUCAAGGCCCUCUGCUCCUCCGGAUCGCUUGACGAUGCCGUUGGCGUCUUCCGCCGCAUGACUGACCGCCACUGUAAACCCGACGCUUGCACUUACAACACUCUCAUCGAUGGGUUCUGCAAGUCGGGGAAGGUUGGUGAUGCUAGAGAUCUCUUCCGGGAAAUGCAGGAGAAGCGGUGUUCUCCGACGGUUGUUACUUACUGUUCGUUGAUUCACGGGCUUUGUCUUUCCGGUGAUCCUGAUGGUGCUCUGGAGCUGUUUGAUGAAAUGCGUGUGAGAGGUGUCAAGCCCAAUGUGGUUACUUAUAGUGCUUUGGUUGAUGGGUUGUGCAAAGGAGGGAGGGUGAUGAAAGCUGUGGAGGUGGCGGAGCGAAUGGCGGUGGAUAAGUGCAAACCGAAUGUGAUCACUUAUAGUGGAUUGGUUGAUGGGUUGUGUAGAGAAGGGAGGGUGCGAGAGGCGAUGGAGAUGUUGGAUAGGAUGAGGAUUCAGGGACGGAAACCAGAUGCUGGAUUGUGUGGGAAGGUAAUCAAUGGGUUGUGUGAUUCAGGGAAGUUUCAUGAGGCUGCAAAUUGUCUUGAUGAGAUGGUGCUGAGUGGCGUACAACCAAAUAGAGUGACAUGGAGCUUGCAUGUUAGAAUGCAUAAUUUGGUGGUGAGGGGUCUGUGUGGUGAGAGUGAUGCAAACCGGGCUUUUCAGGUGUACCUGAGCAUGAGAAGUAGGGGAAUUAAUACCGAGCCAGAGACAUUUCAACUUCUGAUUGAUUGUUUGUGCAAGAAGGAUGAUUUGCAGAGAGCUGCACAGCUUGCUUAUGAGAUGUUGGUUGGAGGGUGUGUUCCUGAUUAUGUUACUUGGAGAGCUAUUGUCGGUGUAUUCUGGAAUCGGAGUAGAGUGCGGGAAUCAGCUGAAUUGUUGUGGGACACAAUAACGGACUGUGUAAAAACUUGAAUAUGGACCUGUAUCAAGUCGAGCUUGAAGGCUACACGAAAUGGUGCUCUUUAGCUAGAAAUGUGUGGUGUGCUUGUUGCAGGCAUGCAUCAAUACUUGAAUAGGAUGCAAGGACAGCUUAAGAGCUCCUUCAAGGAAUGAAUGCUUUCUUGAAGCCAUGAUGCAGGACAAUGUUUCAAGCCCAUGGGCUUUCCAAGGACUAAGCUAUGCAUUUAUAAGGUAUCUUUUUUAUUGUUGAAAAACAUCUUCAUAUAUAUAUAUAUAAUAUCAUUGAGAUAAUUCUUAGGUCCAUGGUAACAAUCUUAAGAAAGGUAGCAAGAAAAGUGGCUAACCAAUGAACUUUGUGCCAUGGGGCCACUGCAAUUUCAUGACAAUGGGAAUCAUUAAUUCUUUUCCUUGAUAUGAUAUAUGACAAUAAUGAAGAGAAAAUAAAAAGUAGCCUUUCAAAAACUAUGGGUCCACUCCAUUAGUUCCAACUGUUUGCCACCCCAUCAUGUGGGAAUUUCAGUACAUCAUGUGUGUGAAGAUUUGGCCUCAAAUCAAAAGAGGCAAUGGGAGCUGUGUGUGUGUGGGUGCUAGCUAGUGUUCUUAUUAUAUAAUUCUUCAUUGUACUUAGUUAAAAAAUAAUUAAUAAAAAAACAAACAA